CAACAAUACCAGUUGAUUAGGAUAUACCGCACUGAACAAUGGCCUUUUUUAUAUUUUUCUAAAUGAAAUAGUGUUAUUUUGAACCAUGCUACCAAUUGUUAUCAUCACGUUUUUAAACUUCUUAAUGUUUAACGUCAACUGUUACAAAAGCAAAUACUUUUCCCAGAGUAUGGAUACAGAACCGUCACUUUCAAUACUGUACGCGCAAGACAAACGAAGUGACCUUGUAACCAACGAUUGUUUACUUGAAAUGUAUCCACGGAAUUUAUACAAGUACCCACUACGUAUAGACAGGAACGAUAUACCUUGUGUUAUACAUUGUGUCCUCAAAAAAUUCGGUAUAAUGUCAAAUGACGGUGUUAUUAAUAUACAAAAUUAUUACAAAAGGGUUCGUGCGUUCCAUCGAAAUGACCCUAGAGUCUUAAUCUCUGAUGUCGGGGAAACUUGCGCCCAAAAUAUAAAUGGAAUGAACUUAGACCACGAUGUUUGUAAAAAGGCAAAGGUUUUUAAUGAUUGUACACAAUUGUAUGUUAUAUCUUAUAAAGAUGCCGAUGAUUAA